ACUUGAGAGAUACAUGAAUUAUUAACCAUAUGUGUGUUGAAUAAUGAUAACAGCGUAGAAACAAAAGAGAAUAACUAUGCAAAAUUGACUGUAAUGCAAUGUUUUAUUGCUUGAACUGGAGAGAAAAAAACAUAUCAUAAGAAAAGUUGAAAGAAAUAGGUUUACAAGAGAAAUAAAGCAGUAUUAAUUAGGCAUUCAUUUUUUAGAUUUCAUGUCCUGUGCCACAAGUAAUGAGAAACUUUGAAGGUAUUCUUUUAAACCAAUUUUCGCAUUUUCAUAUCUUGAUGAUAAAUUUUGAAGUCGAUGUUCCGUAACAGUUGUUUUUUUUUUCAUUUGUGCAUCGCUUUGAAAAUGAACCAAUAAUUGUUGAAAUACUACCUUCUUCAUGUUAAUAACAGAAAUAAAGUGCCGAGGCCAGGAUGAUAUUAAUUUAUUCAACUAGUACACAUACAAAUCUAGGACUAGCAGAGACUUUCCCUUGUUAUUAGAAAUAAACUCAAUCGAGAUCAUAAUAUGAACGAUAGAAACACUAGCGGUGCAAUGACUAUAAGUAAAUUUAUGCGCACAUACAGUUUUAUAUACAUAGAAGACUGAGUAGCGAAGAGAAAAGAAUAACUCAUCAACCAUUCAGUGUGGUCUAUUGUUUUUUGAACUUUCGAGAUUUCGCCUUCCGAUCUUAUGCCUUUCGGGCAAUUAGCACUUCCCCAAUAGAAUGGCGAGGAAAAAAAAAAUUAUCGAUACCUUGGAAGGCCUCCAGAUGUGAAAAAUUAAGUUGUGUUUCAAGUAUAAAAUAAACUUGUAAAAAAUAAUCAGAGUUCAAUGCUGAUUCUCAGGCUAAUAAAAUUAGGUUAAAAUUGUUUGGGACAUUUGAUCCAUAAUUUGACAUAACUUCUUUAUUUUAAUUUUUUUUUAUAAAGGAACAUUCGUUAGAUAUGGGUGUUGAUGAAAAAAAUGAAGCUAUACUCAAUCUUGAUCGACAAUUACGUGAAAAAACAUAA